CCCACACGCUCAACGCGAACUCGCGUAAGCAAAGGUUGCAGCCCAAAAGACUGGGGAUCAUCUCCCGUCUCCAUAGCUAAAUCGCACGGAUGGCAAGGUCCGUCGCAUGCGCCUUCUUCUUCGACGCCGAGCCGGUCGGCGAGACCGGGCGGCACGCGCUGGACGCAUGCGCGCUCUGCAGCAAGCCGCUCCGCCGCGACAGCGACAUCUUCAUGUACAGAGGGGACACGCCCUUCUGCAGCGAGGAGUGCCGCUACGAGCAGAUGCACCUCGACGCCGCCUGCGCGAGGCAGGCGGCGAGCGCCAGGCGGAAGCAGCAGCAGCAGCGCGGCAGGCACGAGGCCGCCGCGGCCUCAGUGUCACGGAAGGCGGGGGUGUCCGUGGCGAGCUGUUGAGCUUGCAGCGCCAAGGCAAGAGAGUUUCCUCUAGUUAGAUGAGUGCCAGCUCGCCUUGGCUGAAGCAGCGAGAUGUCAGGGAGGAGUUGCUCCUGUCUGGCCCCGGCGGUGUGCCGAUCGAUGGAUCUGGUCGGAAAUUGAGGCAGUGAAGCGACGGAUCUGAGGAAGGAAGGCAAUCGACCUAGAUUCCUCGAGCACCAUGGUUUAAUUUGGACCGUGUGUGCUUCUCCUUUUUUAUUUCUUUUGGUUGGCUCCUUUUUGGUCUGUGUAUGAGGAGCUGAUCUGAUUCGGUGUGAAGAGCAAUUGGCUGUAAAUAUUCGAGGCAUGUCGAGAAGUUCUAUUGAGCCAUAAUUUUUGGGCAAAAAUUA